UAAUAUAAAAACUCCAUUACACUUUUACCAUAUUAACUUGCCAUGAACACAAAAUUUUAGAAAGCUAUAAACAAAUCUAUACAGAUAAGUGCUUUCUCUUUUCUGCUUUUGUUUCUUCACAGUGAUGGACUGUAAUUACUCCAAAAACAAGUUCUUUCUAGUGCUUGCUUUGUUGAACAUGGCUGCCACAUUGGUAAAAGGUCAAGGUACCCGUGUUGGGUUCUAUUCAACCUCAUGUCCUUUAGUUGAAUCCAUUGUUAGUUCCACGGUUCAGUCCCAUUUACAGUCUGAUCCUUCACUUGGUCCAGCCAUACUAAGGAUGCACUUCCAUGACUGCUUCGUCCAUGGCUGCGAUGCUUCGAUCCUCAUCAAUGGCCCCGACACAGAGAAAACUGCUCCCCCGAACCUUGGAGUGAGAGGAUAUGAAGUUAUUGAUGAUGCCAAAGCACAAGUUGAAGCCACUUGUCCAGGAGUUGUCUCGUGUGCUGAUAUCCUCGCCCUUGCUGCCCGUGAUGCUGUUUUUCUGGCAAAAGGACAGAAGUGGGAUGUGCCCACGGGACGAAAAGAUGGAAAGGUUUCCCUGGCUUCUGAUGCUGACAAUUUGCCUGCCUUCACGGAUUCCAUCGAAGAACUCAAGCGAAAGUUCGCUGCAUUUGGUCUAAACGCUCGUGAUCUUGUCACCCUUGUUGGGGCGCACACCAUUGGAACCACGGCUUGCGAAUUUUUCAGCUAUAGAUUAUUCAACUUCAGUGCAACCAGCAACGGCGCAGACCCAUCGAUCAACCCUGACUUUGUCUCUCAACUCCGAACACUUUGUCCGUCGAAUGGGGACGGCACGAGACGAGUUGCUUUAGACACGGAUAGUGUGGAUUCAUUCGAUGCAUCUUUCUUUCAUAAUUUGAGGAAAGGCCGAGGCAUACUAGCGUCUGAUCAAAUGUUAUGGACGGAUGGUUGUACGAGAUCCAUAGUUGAAAGCUACUUGGGUGUUAGAGGCUUGCCAUCAUUGAAAUUCAACGUGCAAUUUGGUAAGUCAAUGGUGAAGAUGAGCAACAUUGAAGUGAAAACAGGGACCAAUGGUGAAAUACGCAAAAUUUGUUCUGCAAUAAAUGAAGUAUAACCUUUCUCACUGGAGUUGAGAAUACAACUGUAUCAUUUCUUAUAUUAUGAUCUUUUAGCCUAAGCUGUCUAUCUUGCAUGCAAAGGGAAACAAUAAAAUUGACAAACUCGAAUUUCCUUGCUUUA